UAUUAUAAAUUACAAAAAUAGCCGUAGCAACUCUAAGUAGUAUAGUAAAUAAAAGUGUUUACUUAAUUAAUUAGAAAUAUUGGAAAACAUAAAUUAAACACUUGAAAUUAAGAUGAAGUUUUUUAUUAGCUAUAGGACUGUGUCCUUGUUGUGGUUUUUCUUAAUCAUGGUAGCAUUGGUGACACAAGUUCAAAGCACGCCUUGCACAAGCACUUUUUUCUCAGCACUUGUGCAGCUUAUUCCAUGUAGGGCAGCAGUUGCACCGUUUAGCCCAAUUCCACCAAAUGAUGCAUGUUGCAAUGCCCUUAAGGGUUUGGGCCAACCAUGUCUGUGUGUUCUUGUUAAUGGGCCUCCAAUUUCUGGUGUUGAUCGUAGUAUGGCCUCACAACUACCAGACAAGUGCACCACAAACUUUGAACCUUGUGAAAUCAUAUGAAGAAGUGAACUCAGAUCAUCAAACUGGAAUAUGCCAUUUGAAAUAAAUGUUUAUUUAAGAAUAAUAAAUGUAGUACUUUCCAAAACAACAGUUGCAUGAAAUUUAUUAUGUAAUAUUGUGAGUU